AUGACUGCCUUGUCUGACAAGACAGUUUUGCAGCUUGUAAAAACCGUUUGUGAGGAUUUAAAGUUGAAUAUAAAGCCAGCAGAAUUAGAAGAAGUUGAUGCCAAAUUAAUUUACACUUGCUUCUCAAGACUUUGUGAUUUAAAAAAAGAUUCAGAAAAGCAGAGUGGAAAAUCACUAGUGGAACAUGUGUUGGAUAACUUCUCCAGCUUCCUAGACCUCAGCCUCUGCCACAUCACCCCUGACGCCCUGUUGAACCACGACAAACUUGCUAUUAAAAAUUUAUUCGAAUUGUUUCACGAAACUAUUUUAUUACAGAAAAAGGAACAGGGGAAAGAAGAUGAAUGCAAUGAUUCAGAAACCCUGGUCCUGUUGAAUCACUUACUCUCAACUCUGAAAAUGAAGAAAAUUGUAAAAUCUAUCAGACAAAUCAACUCCUCACUAUUCUAUACAAUAUUCCACUCUGUCUGCCCUACCUAUUUCGAUCAGGUACCAACUGGUGCACCGAUCGAAGAUAACGAUGACGAUGAUGAAGAAGAAGAAAAAGAGCUAAUUGCCUACAGGCAGCUUUUGAAAACUCUAUCCUACGCAAUUGACACACCAUUAGAUCAUAUAAAACCAGAUAUGCUGGUAUCACAUGACUGCCACUCUAUCACUAAACUUAUUGAAGUUAUUGUGGGUAUGAUGGAAGGUAUUUUCCUGGCCAAUAAUGAUAAGUUGUCCAAAAUAGAUCAAGAGCUUGUAGACACGACGAACUAUUUAUUAAAAACAUGCGGACUAACGUAUAGAGUAAAGAAAGUAUCCCAUAUCAGUGAUAGAAUAUUUGUGGCUAUCUUUGAAAUUUUCACCAAACAAGUUUUACAAGAUGUUAACAGGAAUGCUGAUACAACGGAGGAAAAAUCUAGAAACGUUCAGAUAGUCAUCGAUGUAUUAUCGAAUGACGUCGUCUGCACGUCGCUAUCGCACAUCACUGGUUGUGACGUCAUUGACGGAAACCGGAUGUCUAUCAGGAAUCUUCUUGAGAUAUUUUACGAAUUGAUAACAUGCUUCAAUGAUAAAAUUGUCGAGGAGAAUAUUGAACGUAUGGCGAAUGGAGAGAAGUGUGACGGGGCGGACGAUGAUAAGAGCGUCAUACAUGAGUACAUCGACAAGCUAGGCGUUUUUAAUGGCGAUGGUGAUUAUGAUGGCAAGCAAAAUGAUGGGGGUGCUUAUCUUCGAGCAGCCGAGACUUAUGAAGAUGAAUGUGAAGAUGACGGAGAUGAUGAUGGCUGUAGCUUUGGUGAGAAGAUAGAGACAAGAGACGAAGAUGAUUUUGAUAGGCGAGGUAAUGGUCCCAUCAAAGAAAACAGUUCUAAAAGUAUGAUUGUCAACAAACAGUCAAAAAAAUUUCCCAUGGCUACAAUGCUGAAGAAUUAUUUUGGCUGCAAUCAGGCGAAAUCAGAGAAGAAAUCAACAGUGGCAAAAGACUUGCUAAACCUUAAGGCAUCAUUAAAAGCGUCAACACCGUGUCGUUAUUCGAACGUUCCAACUGGAAAGUUGUCGCCCAACAGCAAACGAUUUAAAAACAUCUCAGUUGGCAGGGAGAAGUCUUCAAAAAAAUUUAUUCAGUCGCAAAAGAGUGAGAAGAUGAAACACGAUACGUUAGAUGAUCGUUCUAGAAAGGUUGGCCAUCCAGCGUCAUCACCACAACGGCAUGAUUCGUUAAAAGUUGAAAUGUUGAGUGGCCACAAGAAGCGCGGUCCAAACAAUCUGGUGAUGGUCGAUGAUAAGAAAGACGACGAUGAUGAAGAUGAUGAAAAUGAUGAUGGUGAUGAUGAUAUCGUUGCAAACUGUGAGAAGAAGCUGGCAGCCAUCCAGGCACUGUGCGACGAUGGUGGUGGUAGCAACGACGACGUUUGUAGAAUCUGCAAGCGACAUUUCAAAGUUGGCUUCUAA